CCCGGUCUUCCAUCUUCAGCACUACCAGAUGUCCCCUCUCUCUCUGUCCCUCUAAGAUAACAAUGACGACGAAGACAAGGAAGAUUAAUACUUGAUGUUGACGAUAAGGCAGUGUUAUCUCUCUAGGAAGAGAUUAGGGUUUCAUGAAUCAAGAAAUCUCGCUGCCCAUUGUUCACCUUACGUCAAUGGCUGAUUAGGGUUUUUUUUUUUGCUUCCACCUGGUGGAAGAUAAUAUAUCAUUCACAGAUCACUAUAACAUUCGUUUCUCUGUUUAAAUUCUUUCCUUCCUUCGAUAGAUGUGAGUAAGGCAGAACAAGAUGGCAUUUUGGUGCCGAGUCAAGCAAUUACAGCUCAACAGGUUAUCAAACCAGUUCAAGAGAUGCUAUUUUCAAACAUAUGGUCCCUGUUCGGUCGAUCGCAGGGCUUCCUAUUCGAAGAUAUGUGUUCUCAAUAGGCCUAAUUGGUUUAUUUACAGACCCCAAAACGGGUUGCCUACCAAUGUGAGGUUCUUCGCCGCACCGGUUCAGACUAAGCCGAAGCAGGAAGAAAAGGACACGAGUGGGCCGCGAUUGAAUGAGCAAAUUAAGGCAGAGUAUGUUAGGCUAGUGACCGAUGAAGGGCAUGGUGUAGUUUCUAGGCGGGAAGCACUGGAACGUGCAAGGAGACAAAGGCUUGAUCUUGUUGAGGUUCAGCGACAUGCCCAGCCACCUGUUUGCAAACUCAUGGACUACCAUAAAGAAAAGUACAAACAACAAAUAAAAGACAAGGACCGUUCUAAAGGCAAGUCUGAGAUGAGUUUACGGAAGGGAGAUUCCAAAGAAGUUCGAAUUGCUGGUAAAAUUGAACAAAAAGACCUGCAAAUGAAAGCAGAUAUGGUUAAGAGAUUAAUGGAACGUGGAUAUCGAGUGAAGUGCACUGCUAUGAACGCUGAAGAUGACCUGGGAGGAUUGUUGUCUCGUCUCUCUGCUCUGAUUGAAGAUGUGGCAAUUGUGGAAAGUGGACCAAGAGUGGAGAAAAAACAAGCAUAUGUUGUUGUUAGGCAUGUCAAGUUUGGCCCAUCCAAAAAAGGCCCCGGAAAGAAACUUUCUGAAGCUGUCCAACCCACAGGUAAUGUCCAAAAAGUUGCCGUGUCACCACCAAGCACCAGCUUUUCACUUCAAAGUCCUAUUCCUUUUGAGCAAAAUUUGGAUGCCAAAGAGUCUGGGUUGGUAACUGACAAUGAGAUCAUUUCUGAAGAGGCACCUACUUCUCCUUCAGUUGAAUUGCCUGGUGAUGAUCUUGAAAAGGAAAAAUCUCUCUGGUCAGUUUCUGAUGCAGGUGAUGAGUUUGACAAAAUUUUUGCUUUUGGGAAUGCCAUAAAUGGGGCUGCCAAUAGUUGUACCAAAGAACCAAUGAAAGCUGCACCAGAAUUGGCAUCCUUGCCAGCAAAUACUUCCUCGGAGGUUAUGAGCACCAGACCUGUACUUAAUUCUACAAGGACACCUACAGUUCCAUCCUCUCCAUCAGAGACUCCACUCAGACCUGAUAAUAGGUACAGAAAGGAGCCGAUAAACAGGUUUCCACCUACUAAAUCAAUGGAUAUUAAUGUACCUGGUGCAAGAGACCAAACAAGAUUAGAACUUCAAUAUUCAGCCCAAGCCAAGCAACCACGAUUCGAUUUGAAUUCCUCCACCCGCACAAGAGAAACUAAACAAGUUGAAGGUGAGGCUUCCAUGUUUGGAAACUUGAAACUUCCUGCAGAUGAGUUUCCCAAUCAAGAGCCUUCACAUCCUACGUCUAUCAAGUCCCCUGCUUCAAGUUAUGGAAUUUUUAGUGCACCAAAAGCCACUGAUACCAGCAUAAAAGAGAAUGUAACAACAGAAAGCAAUAGAUACAAGAAAGGAAGUUCUUCCAAUUCAAAUAGAGAUCCUACCCCGGUAGGGGUCUCAGCAAAUCCAAGCUCACCCACAUCAAGAUCUGAUGGCAGUGGAAGGGCAGGAGUUGGUAAGGGUGGACAAGAGAGAUGGGGAAGAUUCAGUAGUGAGAACUCGAAUGUGAUCCCAAGCAGGAACACUGAGAUGGAAGCCAAGGUGCAAAGAUGAUAUAGUGAUAACAUGUUCCAUCCAAAUGUCAAGAACAGAGUCAAUACUUCUGGUGAGAAUACAUUCUUUCAUCUUGGCAUGCUCGGAUACUAUCGUUGUCAGAUAUGUAUUAUUUAAGCUUGCAUGUCUUCUGUCAAGCAGCUCCAGAAUAUAUUCUAGGUUUGCACAUGGAAUAUAUUCAUUCCUUUUUGUAGGCAAAUAAUAAAUUGUUACUAGCACCCCAUUUAUCUUUUACAGUCCCUGCAGUUGUAAAAUGGUAUAUUAUUAGCACCCUCUCUUCUCCGAUGGACUAAUAACAGGUGGCCCUCUGUUUUUAUUCUCAUGCAUUUUUUUUUUUUGAGAAAUCUCAUGCGUUACGUGAGUGCUAGACAGUUGUAUGUAUCUCUUUGUGUGUCAAUGUUUUUC